UUUGUGUGUUAAAGGCACCUCCCUGUUCUGCCCCAAAGAGAUGGUCAGCAGCCAGCCUCUCCCCAUAGCAGACAGUCGGAAAAGGAAGAAGAAGAAAAGAACCAGACCCACAGAUCACGUCCCUGGGAAGUUUGAAGACUUGUACAAGCUGACUGCUGAGCUGCUUGGAGAGGGAGCAUAUGCCAAAGUUCAGGGUGCUGUCAGCCUCCAAACUGGGAAAGAAUACGCGGUCAAAAUCAUUGAGAAAAACGCUGAGCAUAGUCGGAGUCGGGUUUUCCGUGAAAUAGAGACACUGUACCAGUGCCAGGGUAACAAGAACAUUUUGGAGUUAAUAGAAUUUUUUGAAGAUGACACAAGAUACUACCUUGUCUUUGAGAAGCUGCGAGGAGGUUCAAUCCUGGCCCAUAUACAAAAGCAGAAGCACUUCAAUGAACGAGAAGCUAGCAAAGUGGUGAGAGACAUUGCCUCUGCUCUGGAUUUUCUUCACACAAAAGGUAUUGCCCACAGGGACCUGAAGCCAGAAAACAUCCUGUGUGAAUCUCCAGAAAAGAUAUCACCAGUGAAAAUAUGUGACUUUGAUCUUGGUAGUGGGGUGAAGCUGAACAGUGCCUGUACCCCAAUAACUACUCCUGAGUUAACAACACCGUGUGGGUCUGCAGAGUACAUGGCACCUGAAGUGGUUGAAGUCUUCACAGAAGAGGCCACAUUCUAUGACAAGCGCUGCGAUCUUUGGAGCCUGGGGGUGAUUCUCUACAUCAUGCUCAGUGGUUACCCCCCUUUUGUGGGCAACUGUGGCACAGACUGUGGCUGGGACAGAGGGGAAGUGUGCAGAAUUUGCCAGAACAAGCUUUUUGAGAGCAUUCAGGAAGGCAAGUAUGAGUUUCCUGAGAAGGACUGGUCACAUAUAUCCCCAGAGGCCAAAGAUCUCAUCUCGAAGUUGCUGGUUCGUGAUGCCAAAGAACGACUCAGUGCUGCUCAGGUCUUGCAGCAUGCCUGGGUUCAAGGACAGGCUCCUGAAAGGGGAUUACCUACUCCUCAAGUUCUUCAGAGGAACAGCAGCACGAAGGACCUGACCCUGUUUGCCGCGGAGGCCAUCGCCCUCAACCGCCAGCUGUCUCAGCACGAGAACGAGCUGAGCGCCGAGCAGGAGAGCGUUGCCCAUGCCGUGUGCUCCAUGAAGCUUUCCCCUCCGUCCAAGUCUCGCCUCGCCAAGCGCAGAGCCAUGACCCACGCCACCAAAAACAGCGACUUCCAGCCGGUUCCCCUGGCCUUUUAAACUUCCUUCUGG